GUCUCCUAUAGGUCUGCUAUAGGGCUUGUCACCAUUGGAAACGAGGAGAGGAGGAGAAAAUUACUCCAGAUCAGUACAGGUUCAAGUUGAACUUCAGUGACAGAUCUGGUGGCCUUGGAGUUACUGAAGACCACCACCCUCCACAGGGCUGCACCCAAGCACAGCCGUCUUUUUCUACCUUAAGUGAGCUUCCUGUGCUUGUUGUCUAUAUUAUUGGUAGAGACUGUAGUUGGAGAGGGGGCUGAGUGACUGCUGGACUUUUUGUGAAAACAUCAGCCUGGGACUUACUUUCUUCAAGGGUCGAGGGGAAGAGUUUCAUAACUUGGCCUUGUCUUUAACUUGAACCAUGAUUCACUCUGGGGCUAGAGCAAGAGCUAGAGGGCCUGGCCAGAGAGCUAGAGUCAGUGAUCCUGCCAAUACUAAAGUGAAGGCUGAGAUCCAGGCAGCAGCUGAAGCAGCACCAAAAACAGAAUCAGUAAUGCAGGCCAGUGCUGGGGAUGGAUCAGUGGUCAGGACACAGACAGUGAUUGAGACUGUGGCCAUGGAUACGACAAGGAAGGGAAGGAAGAUGGAAGAUAAGGUUAAGACUAAAGUCAAGACUAAGACUAAGGCAGAACCUAGUAAACUGUCCCAAACGAAUUCAAAGGCCAUAGCUAUGUUUAGGGUCGGUGGCAUAACCAAGUCUGAAACCAAGGCUGUUGAUGACAGUGAGAAAAAUAUCAAAUCUUGUGUCAAGGCUAAUGAUAAGGCCAAUAUUGGGUCCAAACCUGAGAAAACUGAAGAGGUCAGCAUUAAGUCCAGAGCUAAGGGAAAAUGUAAUACUGGGAUCAAGUCAGGUGAUGAGAAUGAAAAAGAUGUCUGCUCCUGGUUCUGGACUGGAGAAGAAUCUAGUGUAGGAUCUUGGUUCUGGCCUGAAGAAGAGAUCCCUCCUCAAGUUUAUAAGCCACCACCUAAGAUUGAAGAAGAACCUGAGCCUAUACAUGAGCCAGUCCUUGCUAUAAAACAAAAAGCAAUAGCAUGGUCAAGGCCCCGAUAUAUUGUACUAGUCCCAAUUGAGGAAGGGGAGAAAUCCUUGCCUCCAGAAGGGAACUGGACCCUGGUAGACACCUUAAUUGAAACUCCUCUGGGAAUUCGGCCUCUAACCAAGAUCCCACCUUAUGGUGGACCUUACUUCCAGACCUUAGCUGAGAUCAAAGAUCAGAUUAGGGAAAAGGAAAAGUAUGGACCAAAUCCAAAGGCCUGCCGCUGUAAAUCAAAAACCUUUAGUUUAGAACCAGAAGAGUUUGAUAAGCUGGUUGCUCUACUUAGGUUAACUAGGGAUCCUUUCAUUCAUCAAAUAGCCACAAUGAUAAUGGGUGUCACUCGUGCUUAUCCAUUUACCCAGGAUAUAGUUCAUGAUGUAGGUAUUACUGUGAUGAUCGAGCACUUGAUCAAUAGUCCCGAUGUUAAAGAACGCCCUAGAGCCUUAAAUAUGAUGCGCAAUGAUUCUGAGUCCUAUGACGAAUCAAUAAUUGCAGAGUUAUACAUACAACAACUUUGUAAGGACAUAAAUUCUUUUUACUUGAAUUCCCCUUUGCAACUUGCUGGACUAAAAUUAUUAGCUCAAGUUAGUGUGGAAUUUGAGUACCACUAUAUAAUUACCAAUUACAUUGAAGAUUUACUCCUCUUUCUAAACAGGGGAAAUGUCAAAACCAAGUUUUACGUUUUAAAAGUUUUUAUGUGCUUGUCUAAAAAUCAGGCUAAUACAAGAGAUCUCAUCAGUGCUGAGGUACUGUCAUCGUUGCUUAUACCUUUUAACAAGAAUGAGUCAAAGGCCAAUAUUCUUAAUAUCAUUGAAAUUUUUGAGAAUAUAAAUUUCCACUUCAAAAAAAGGACAAAGCUAUUCACUAAGGAAAAGUUCACUAAAAAUGAACUUUUUUCCAUAUUCCAACAAACAAAAGUGCUGCAUCAGAAACUCCUAGAAUUAUCAGAUCACAGUGAUCCUGAAGUGAGAGAUAAACUCAUACGGUUAAUACUCAAACUCUGAAUAGCUGUGUGUCCUCGCAUAGCCUUGAAUUUUUUUAUAAUGUGGUUGCAAUGUAAACCCAAUGUAUAUUAUUAAGGAUAAAUUUGGUACUUAUAUUCUUUGUGUUGACUGAAAGAGUUCAGCUAAUCUUGAUAGACUGAAUAUUUGUUUCUUUGUUGCUGUUGUAUAUAAUAAAAAUUGGCAUAUUUUUAGUAUUUUUGCAACUUGACCUGCUGAUGGACCUAUUCAUGCUGAAUAAGCUAUAUAUAUGGAUAUAGAUAUAUAUAUAUAGAUAUACCUGUUCUUUAUAUUGAUAUAACUGUGUUCUUUUUGAAAUUUCAUUUAUAUUUUGUUAAUAAAGUUGUAUGCCAAAACUG